AUGCUAAAGAAUAACAACCCCCCACCAGGCAACGGGCCGUCUGCUAUGAUUCUUUCCUUUAUCCUACAUGGCAACGUUCCCUACUACAACCUCGACUCGCCUCACCCUGAUCCGAUCCUCCAUGCGAAGCUAAAGGAUGCAACGGAGCUUCUCCAGCUCGACGUUGCCUGGCUGACCAACCAUUUUGAGGCAUCACGCUUCUCCUAUUCUACCCAAUCCCUCCCUAUCAACUCGCUGAUUGACGCACUCGUACGCCCGUUUGGUGAGACGGACGACCGCGAGGCGGCCUCCUGUAUCUCCUGGCGCCACGAUCCUCGGCGUGCCGUCCCUCAUCUCGCUCUCGGCGACGCACCGCAGCCCGGUGGCCAGUGGACCGAGUGUCCGCCUGGGACCACCUGGGACAUCCAGUCGCUCAGUUACGCCGGCAUGCUUUCGUUGCCCGGCUACAGCUACUACGAUCACCACCACGCCACCCACGGCUCCCACCUGCCGUCUUAUACCCGGCCGUCCAGGCGUGGUAUAGCAGAAUACUUGGCCGCAUACCCGGCUGCCGUUGGCAUCGCGGAGUCUAUUCGAACCGGACAGCUUGUAUCCGAUGUGUCGCGAACUCAGCACGGCUUCUGCAUCGGUUCCCACCGUAUCCAUUGCAAACACCUCGUUCUAGCAUCGGGGAUAUUCACCGAAGUGAAGCCUGCCAGGCCCCUGCUUCAGCCGUUGCUCGCCCUUCCAGCCCAGCCAAGCGUGCCUGCAAGAGAGAGGGCGCCUCUCCUUGUCAUAGGCUCUGGCUUCUCCGCCGCCGAUGUAAUCAUAUCCGCGCAGAGGGACCAGAAGAUCAUCCAUAUCUUCAAGUGGGAGCCAGAAACAAGCCCGUCCCCACUCCGGAGCUGCCACCAGCAAGCUUACCCCGAGUACGCCGGAAUAUAUAAGCUCAUGAAACGUAGCACACUGUCAAAGUUCACUGCCUCCAAAGCCAACGGAAGAAAUCGGGCACCCCUCUCGUCCCCCUUUCUCAAGAGCCGGGAGUGGGACGACGUAUACGAGCCCUUACCAAACACUCUUGUCGUGAGCGUAGCAGUCAAAGGCGGCGAGGGUGUCGUCAUACUCAGACGCAGUGACGGAUCUACUCUUGAACGUCGUGUUUCCGGUCUAUCUUAUGCCGUCGGCCGAAAGGGGUCGCUGGCGUAUCUUGACGACAAGCUUCAGCGUGAGAUACUCGGUGCGAGCAUUGAUGAAUCACAAGAUGCGUCCAUUGCAAAAGAUACCCUCAAGCCCUCAGCGAUGCAGAACUUGGAGGUGGCGAAAGAUGUGUUCAUAGUUGGCAGCCUCACCAGUGACUCCCUAAUCCGGUACGCUUAUGGCGGCUGUAUAUAUGCGGCAGGGAAGCUGAUGGAGCGCAGCGCUCAGCGCCAAUCUCAGCAUCAACCUAACAAUGUCGGGGUCUGUCUCAGAGCGACUGACCAGCUUCACGAGCAGAAGGCUAAUCCUGCCUCUGAUGUACCUAUGAGUAUAUACAACAACAAUAACAAUCCCACAGCACCUGGCGAUUUUCGCAUGCACAGGGUCUCCCCUGAGCUAAGGCUGGGGCCAAAAAGCGAUAGAUUUGGAAGCAAAAGGCAGAAGCCUUGGUGGACGUUUCUCUUUUCAUGGUGA